AUGGUUAGAGGCUUUAAUAUUUAUGUACCUGUGUAUGGUGCAAUGAUAUGGGGGAAGGAACCUCAGGGCAUACAUUCUAAAGCCUUGGAUUCAAGUUCAAGUACGCCAUUCCCAGGCCAAAAUUACACCCUCAAGGGAUCUCAACACAGAGAGAAUAGCUGUAAAACAGCCACAUCAGCUACCUUUGACGGGAACACCUACAUCAGCCUUAGUCUUGACAAGAAGCAGAUCUCAGCCUCUCGGGAUGAACUCCUGUUUGAAUUCCGGACCCAGUCUCCUACAGGCCUUAUCAUCAGUAAUGGAGAGCAUGACUAUCUCUACGUUGCUAUGAACGGAGGCAGGAUCGAGAUAGCUAUUAAUCUUGGAUCAGGAGAGUAUAGAGAGUUUAUCUCUGCGAGGAGAGGGCCAGAUGGAUUCAUUGAUAACCAAUGGCAUAAAGUCAGGAUUACAAGGGAAAAUACACAGGUAACAAUACGAGUUGAUGAGAGUAUCAUGGCAACGGGGAAUACAGAGGGGGACUUCAUGCGUUUUACCAACAAGCGGGAGUUUCUAGUAGGGGGUGCAACUAAUCCAGAACGGGUUCCGGGAUACUCAGAGGUCUCACAGAACUUCAGAGGAAAUCUCAGAGAUGUAAGUGCCAUUUUCAGAGUUCAUUGUCUUGGUUUUGUUGAUUGAGAUAUAAGUGCUUGUAUUAUUUCCAUUUGAAGACAAAGAUAAGAGAGAGAGAGAGAAAGACACACACAGAGAUAAAUAGAGAUAGAUAGAUAGAUAAGCAGAGAUAAAAAGGUAUCCAGCUAUAAAUGUCUUAUGAGAGCAGAAGGGGGAGAGAGGAGGGGGCAUAUUGGCAUAAAAAUGACUAUAAGGAUAAAAUUGUAGUUAGAAGAUAAAUCGUAAAUCAUAGAAUGCGAAAGAUAAUAAGGGAUACCAACAAAGUUAGACAAACAUACUGACUGCAUGACAAACAAACUGAUUUACUGAGGAGUAGGCAGAAAAUUAACUUUCGAAUCUUAGAAAAAAAUAACCAGGAGGAAUAAUGACGAAGGACUUUUUACAAUAGUUCUCUUUUAGAAUCAUUAUAGUUAAUGAUGGUGUUCAUUAUUACAAAAUACAUUCUUUACUUUGGUGGAAAAAAAGGAUUUGAUUGAUUUUGACUUCUGGGUUAAACUUGGCAAUUGCAUAAGUGUUAUAAGCACUUUGAAUUUGCCAGUACUGGUCAGAAAAGCAAAGCUAUUUCCCCCCUCACUGCCCCUCAUCACUGCUCACCACCCCUCAUUGCCCCACAUUUUCCACCUGAUCUAGUUGGACAAUCUGGAGGCAGAUUUUUUUUCUGUCUGCUUCAAUUGAAAACUGACCUCAAUUACUCCUUCAUUUUAGAGUAAAGGAUGCUCGUGAUUUUUUUUUAUCGUAUAUGAACUAGUGAUUCAAUUCUAUUGCCCUAUUUCUAUCACACAAUUGCAAUUUUUGUAAUUUUCUCAAGCUGAAUUGAGAUCCAUGUGAUGACAGUCGGCUUUCUCACCACAGCCCUCAACCCUUCUUAUUUUUUUCUCUUCACAUUCUACUUAUCUGUUCAAAGGUUCUUCAGAGAUUUUCUGAAUUUCUUUGAAAGGAUAACCAUAAGAAAAUUAAUGAUUUCUGUGUUUUCUUUUCCUUGCUUGUAACAUUACAAUAUAAAAGUAUUUCAAGUAUGUAGCGAUAAACAUGCUCUUUAAGACUUUUGUUUUAAACACCUUAAUGAUUAUUAAGAAUUUGAUAAUAAACAUUAAAGUGAUAAAAUGACAAAGAGGGGCUUUGUAAAGAUGCAUAAUUUAUGUAAGAUUGUUGAUUCCAGUAAAAUAACAACAUGGUUAAUGCUAUCAAGCAUCGAAAUUAUCCACGUACAAGAAUUUUCAUCAAAGUCCAAUUAUCAUCAAAGUAUAUAGCUCAUGAGCUACCUUUAUCUAGUACAAUACGAAGACAGUCCCCUUAGCUAGUGUUAUCUAGAGUUUUAUGAGUCAUUGAACUUAAAUGAUAUUGGGUAAAUAAUCAUUCCAUGUUAUAAGACAUUACACAUUCAUCAACGCAUACAAUCUUGAAGGAGACAUUAAGCGAAGUUCAAUAAGGAAUAUGAUUGAAAACAAAUGUCACACUGGAGGAGCAUUUUAGUUUUGUAUAGAUUCUGUAUGGAAAAUGAGUCAUGCAGGUAUAUUAUAUAGAAAUAAUCAUGCAGGUAUAUUUCUUGAUAAGAUAAGAGCUAUUGAUAAUGAUAUUUGCUACUGAGUAGGAUUUCAUAUUUUUACCACAAAAAAAUAGUCAAUAAGUCUUGGAACACCUCUACCAAAUUAUUUAUUACAAAAUUUUGUCAUUUAAGGUUAUGCAAUUCAAUUAAGGGAGAACUCACAGAGUAUAUUUCGUUUAUUCUCAUUUCUCAAUGGUUAUCAAAAUAGAUAAAUUAUGUAUACAGCAAUAUCCUCUUGCUAAGUUUAUUGAAAUGUGAGUUCCAGAAUAUGUCACUAAAAUUUCAAAUUACCAUGAGGAAGGCUUGGUUUAUUUGAUAGAACCUUCCACUGUCAAAUGAAUAACACGCCAACAACUUGAAUAUAAAGAAAACAAAUAAGACAUAACCUUUUGGCAAAUAGGACAUAUUUGCAGUCUCCAGACUUCAUAAUCAGAACAAAAUUUUAUGAUCAGAUCCAGGGGAUAAUAUUUACAGUUGUAUAUUAUGUUGGGUAGGUAGUGUUGGGCAUAUUUCUGUUUAGUAUAAAUCCUGUAUGAGAGUAGAUGUAUUCAUCCACACCAAAAAUGAUCAUUUAGUUAACUUUGCUGUGUGAAAUAUUGUUAAUCGCAUCAGGGUCCCAUCUUACAAAGAGUUGCGAUAGAUCUGAUCGACCCCAACUAUGGAAAGCCAGCAAUGCCAAAAUCUAAAAUGUAUGUUUCUUCAAAUGUUUUCUAGAUAAUGGUGUACGGUAUAUUCAUGAAUUCAUAAUUUUCUCGACAAUUUGGUGUGUUCGCCUUUGUUUACAAAGGACAUUUUGCAAAUUUCAUGUAGAAGAAAUUAUGACACUGAUGGAUUUCCAUAGAGAUACGAUUGAUUGGAUCAAUCGUAACUCUUUGUAAGACAGGACCCAGAUAUGAUAGUUACCUUCUCAAGAAAGAAAAUGAAUUAUUAAACUAUACUUAUAAUACAGAAUAUAAAGAUCCCCUUAGUUUACAAUCUUGAAAUAUAUGUUUUCAUAUCUAAUGAAGAUUAUAAUGUAAGAAUAAUUUCCCCCAUUAUCCUUAAGACAAAGCAUUUUUAUUUUCUUGCCUUGUUUUACUUUUCCAUAUAGAUAAUAAUACUUCUUUAACCUUUUGACAUCUGGUGCAUGUUUGAAGCCUUCAGACUUGAUAAUUAGACUAGAAUCAUGAUUGGAUGUAGUGGUUUGAAUUCAUUUUUAAUUGUGUUGCGCAUCUUCCCUUUGAACCAUGUACUCACCUUCAACAAAUGUGUUUAGCCAUCUGCUUAGAGGUUAAAGGGGCAUCAAUCCAUAAAUCCAUAACUUACUUAUAGAGUUUAGCAUUAUUUGGGCUUUAAGUUUGUAAAAUUAAUCAUCCUGAAAAAAUUUGUUGUCUGUGGCAGGGUUUCGUUUGAAUAAUAGAAACUAAUGAGUAUGAAAUAGAUCAAUAUGUCACAUCAAAUAGUGAGAUAUGUACAUGUAUCUUGCUAUGUCUGGGUAGAGUACUGUUACACAGGUAAUAAUUUUUACUGUCAUCUUUAGACACAUGAAUUUGAAUAUUUAAAUACU